CUAGUAUUAAGAAGGAAUAAAAGAUGGUGUAGAUCAAUGUUAGCCACAUGUGAAGUUGAAAAUAGCUAGAAUUAAUUGACAAUUUGAUUGUAUUUACAUGUGAACGAGAUGGCAGAGUGUGAAGAAGACGAACUUCGAAUAGUGUUACUGGGUAAAACUGGAGCAGGUAAAAGUAGAACUGGUAAUACGAUACUUGGGCUCAGACACGGUGAUGAAAUUAAACCGUUUGAAUUUGCCUGUAAGGGGUCAUCUGUAAAAAAAGAAUGCACGCAAAAAGAAAACACCAGAUUUGGUAGGAAAAUACGAAUCAUUGACACACCAGGAGUGUUUGAUACUGAUUCGAAACUCGAUAAUCAUAAGACGCAAGACGAAGUUAAAAAGUGCAUUACAUAUACAUUUCCUGGACCGCACGCUUUUGUACUCACGGUUCCUGUUGGUCGUUUUACUACUGAAGAUAUACAAACAUUGAAGCAUUAUGUUCAGUACUUUGGCUUUGACAUUUUGAAGUAUGUUGUUGUUAUUUUCACAAAAUACGAUCUUUGGGAAAGUGAUUUUGAAGAUAGAGGCGAAGAAGUGCCGAGCAUCGAUGAAUACAUUAACACGCUUCCACAAUAUCUGAAAUCUUUUUUGGAAUUCUGUGAUAACAGGUUUGUGACUUUAAACAAUGAAACUAGAGACGACAAACAAGUGGAAAAACUACUUGUAGUUAUUGACCAAAUGAUUGAAAAAAAUGACAAAAAAUGUUAUACAAAUGAGAGUUACGAUCAGGCAGCAGAAAUAUUGAAAUUAGUAUCUGAUAGAAGAGAACUUGAGAAGAAAGUAAAUGACAGCGGAUAUGUAACGAGCCUAUAUUACAAGAUGAAGCUGUAUUCUCAUAAAGUACCACCAAACCACCCACUAUUCAACGAAUCCGAUUUUGACAUUCCCGAGGAAUCUCUUUGGUGAUCAAACUGCAGUGCAUACAUACAUUGUCACUCGACAUAAGUGAAUGACAUUUAUAGCAUUGUUAUGGCGCCCUCAACGGAGUUGGGGUGACAUAUUAUUAUUGUUCGAUUCUUUUUUUUUGGCACCCUCAACGGAGUUGGGGUGACAUAUUGUUAUUGUUCGUUUCUUUUUUUCAUAUUAUUAUGGCACCCUCAACGGAGUUUGUGUGACAUAUUGUUAUUGUUCGUUUCUUUUUGUCUUAUUAUGGCACCCUCAACGGAGUUGGGGUGACAUAUUGUUAUUGUUCGUUUCUUUUUUUCUUAU